CUGAAACCCGGGCACCUGCUCCCUCUCCCUACUUUCCAGUCUGCUCGCCUUGGAGCGCGUGGAGAAAACUAAAGUCAUGCUCUAGACUCCAGGGUCAAGAGCAUCCAUCUCACUGCUUCAGUAUCAUAAGUUGUUGGUAUUUAACCCUGAUCGACUGUCGGCGCCCUGCUGGCAUCCGAGCUGGGAUGGAAAUUCUACGAUGCUGAUGACUAUCACCCAGAGGAAAAUCGACAGAAGAUGGGAAAAGGGAUACCUCUGAGUGACCAGGACAGGAUUCCAUGGCUCUGCACCCUGCAUGACAUUUUACAAAGAGAGGUAGCCUCUGGACAGCAUGUAGUUCUAGCCUGUUCAGCUCUGAAGAAAGUAUACAGAGAUAUCUUAAUACAAGGAAAAGACGGUGCACCUCUGAAGCGUGAUGAGUCCGGAAAGGAAGAAAAGACGGCUGAGGUAAAGCUCCUUGUGGUUCAUCUGACUGGGUCAUUUGAGGUCAUCUCUGGACGCUUACUCAAAAGAAAAGGACAUUUUAUGCCCCCUGAGUUACUGCAGUCCCAGUUCAAUACUCUGGAGCCCCCAUCAGCUCCAGAAAACUUCAUGCAAAUCAGUGUGGACAGAAAUCCUUCAGAGAUGGUUGUUAUAAUUAUGGAAACUCUAAAAUGAAGUGAGAAUCCUUUCUAUCAGUGGUCCAAAAUAGAAUUAGGCACAAAUCUCAAUCUCCCAUCCCAAACCAUGUUGCAGUAUCCUUGGUGAUAAGUAUUCUAGAUUCUUCUUAAGGUGAACAAAUGACAGUGUGCUGAGAUACGCUCAUUUGGGUAUAUUUUUAGGAAUUUGUGGUACUCUUGUCAUCAUGCUCUGGCACAUUCAGAGAAAAGGAUAAGAAAAUUUGAAAGCACAGCUUUAAUUGAAAUUUAAAUUUGUGUGAUCCAAUCAAAUGAUCAGAGGAAAUUCUGUAAUUGAUGCUGUAAAUCAUGACCUUAUUUGGAACAUCUCUGAUCAUGGCUGUACUCAAAUAAAUGAAACUUGACUGUCCUCAGCACCCUCUGUAGACUGGUCUUGAGCAGAGAUGUGUAUAAAGUUGACCAUUCACUAGCAAGUCACGUUACACCACAUACCUCUUAAUCCUCUCUUUGGAUCAUUUCAAGAUAAAUAAAAGGCAUAAAUAAUUCAUGGUUUAAAAAAAAAUUGGAGACAUGGAACUUGACUGAAUGAAGUGCAGGACUCACUCAUUCAGUCUGCCCCCCACUCAUUUAUAGAAAGCCCUGUGAUUACCAGUCUGGUUAUCAGCCGACCUACCUCCCUGCUGUAAAAGCCAUAAAUAGACACUAAGCAGGCGAGCAAGGAACAUGAGUUGCUAUGGCCCAAACCUGAAACAAAACCUUCCAAUGGGCAGCAACGUGCCGGUGGCAGCCAGUUCGGCGAGGCUGUGGGGAGGCUGGAGGUGAUGGUGUGUUGCUCACACACAGCUUACCAGGCACCAGCUAGCAAAGCUGCAACACGGCCAGCAAAGGUUGGUUUGAGCCCUUCCCCCAUGGGACUCCAAGAAGCUUCCUUAUCCUUCUAUCCUAACCAGGGCCACUGGCUGGUUCUGGCCAGAAAGUGAGUUUGGAACCAAUUACCUGUUUUCUUUCACAAGGAUAUACUUUUUUUUGUCUCAGGAACUGCAAAAAGUAUGUCUAUGUAAAGAGUAAAGGGCCCUUCUGGGUGGAUGGACCUUGCCUAAACAAAUGGGAAGCCCUGGAUCUUCCUCUCUACCAGACUAUUUGGGGUACCUCCUGCCUGGUUUAGGUUUAUGUGAACAUUCAUAUUCAAGGUCUAGGUCCUAAAGUUGACCAGUCAAGAUAAUCUGGCUAGACGAGAGUCACCCUCAGGUGUAGAGAAAGGACUCAUUCAGCUCAGUGUACUCGGUGAGUCUGUGCUAAGUGCUGUGAUGGGCGUUGUGGAGAGCUCGAGGACCUGUAACACAAAGCCCUGGCUCUCAGGGAACCUACGCUGGAGUGGAAAGACAGAGCAUCUUCUAUCCUCUGGUACCAGCUGCAGUUCUCAGUGAAGGCAGUUCUUCACAAGAAAGAAUUUUCAGAUAUCCUGCUAGACUUUCAAGUAGGAUCAAACGAAAAAGGCUGUUUAUAAUUAUAGGAACAUUGAAUCUAACUCUCUAUUACAUAUAAAUAAAAACAUCUUCGCAGUUUUAAUAUAUACUGAAAUUUCCAAGACUGCAAUAAAGGGAAAAUGGUAUCCUACUUUAGUUUUAACUUUACUAAGAGUUGUUUACUAUUUCAGAAAGUCACAGUCAAUUUGUCAGGAAUACAACCAUCUACAUCCACCUGCAUUUCUAAUUCUUUAUUCUCAGUGAUCUACUGAUGGGCAAAGCACCAAACUAACUCUACUGUGUUCAUCUACUGUAGCCAUGUCCAAGCAUCACAUACUGAGACCCACUGGUUUCUUACACGUCACUUUCCCUUUUUCCUCCCUUCAGAGUUGAAGUAUCAUAUUAUUUGCUUAGGUAAGUUUUAUUAGGAAUUAAUCUCACUUCAAGAUGACAAAGGGGGCAUGAGACAAUAGUUAUUUAAAAAAAAAAAA